AUGGAGAAGUUCCUUCGGCCUGAGAGCACAUUCACCAACUUCCUGCAAUCCAUCGAGCAACCGUCUGAUACUACUAAGUUCCGGCUCCUCAUCAACUAUGUGUCUCCCUCAGUGUACUCCUACAUCGCGGAUUGCAAGACCUACGACGAAGCUAUCAAGACUCUACAAGCUGUAUUUGUAAAACCUACUAGUGAAGUGUUUGUUCGUCAUCAGUUGGCCACCAGGAAACAGGGUAGUGAAUCCACAGACCAGUAUGUGCUAGCACUCAAGCUAAUGGCCAAAGACUGUGCGUUUAAGGCCGUUACUGCCGAAAAGUAUGCUGAAGAGGCCGUGCGUGACUCAUUUAUCUCUGGUCUCUCCUCUUCUGUCAUUCGUCAGCGGCUGUUAGAAAAGCUGUCCCUCACCCUUGAAGAAGCCGUUCAACAAGCUCGCAGCUUGGAACUGGCACAACACAACGCUGAUAAGUAUGCCUCUCUCUCUUCCUCCGACUGUCAUUCCACGGCUGUAGCUGUUACCGACCCUCGAGUGUUUAAUGAUAGUGAGGAAGUUACGGCUUCAGCUAAAACCACUGCUGCUACGAAAAAUUGUUUCUAUUGUGGGCGCUCCCUACAUCCUCGCUACACUUGUCCUGCUCGCAACGCUACUUGCCACAAGUGUGGGAGGAAAGGCCACUAUGCUAGUGUUUGCCAGGUUGGAGCGGGGCGGAACAGGCCUGGUACUUCCGCGGCGAUUGUGUUGUACAUGACUACGAGUGCUGCUUCGACUUCACCCCUUCGCUGUGCGACGGCACCUGCUGACAUCAAUGAGGUACGAGUUGAAGCACUGGUUGAUAAUGGUAGUACUUCGAGCUUCAUUAAUCCUAAAGUUGCUUCACGCUUAAGCCUCACCACUACCUCUUCCAAGGACACUAUUUCCAUGGCCUCUUCUCCCCUCGCUGCUGUCACUGAAGGUCAUUGUUUUGUGAAUAUCAAAGUAAUGGAAAAAGAUUUCACGAAACUGCACAAGUCUGUGGAAUUUACUCUUCUGGGAUCACGGCCUAAACUUACGAUCUGUGGGAUCACAAAAAUGAACCUCCGUGCUCCUAGUCUUUUUCCCAAUCUAACCAGUGAUUGCAGACCCGUAGCCACUCCAACACGUCGCCAUUCCAGCACUGACUCUACCUUUAUCCGAAUACCCUUUGGUCUGACGAAUGCCGUGUCUGCUUAUCAGCGCACCAUCAACACGUUGAUAUCUGAUAAUCGGCUGACUGACACCUUUGCUUACAUCGACGACCUCAUUAUAGGAGGAAUGAACCAAGAGGACCAUGACGAGAACCUGAGGCGCUUCGAAGCAGUUGCUGAGAAAUACAAUUUAACCCUCAACAAAGAUAAGUGUGAGUACCGCUUGCCAGAAAUAAAGUACUUAGGAUAUUUAAUAUCUAACGGUACUCUAAGACCUGACCCAGAACGCUUGCAACCCUUAAGAGAUUUACCAGUGCCUACGGAUUCCUCCUCUCUUAGAAGAACUCUUGGACUCCUUUCUUACUAUUCUCAGUGGAUCCCUAACUACUCUAACAGAAUUACUCCUCUUCUCAUCGUUAAGACUUUUCCUCUCGACAGUGUUGCCUGCCAGUGUUUGCAUGACCUCAAGGAAGAUGUCUGCCGUGCUUCGGUCGCUGCUCUGGAUGAAAACGUCCCUAUGGAGAUAGAAAGUGAUGCCUCGGCCACCUCGUUAGCUGCCACACUAUCCCAGCAAGGUAGGCCUGUUGCCUUCUUUUCAAGAAAACUUUCACCUUCUGAACAAAGACAGCCUACUGUGGAAAGGGAAGCAGCGGCCAUCAUAGAAGCCAUCCGGAAGUGGAGACUUUUUGAUAGGAAGGGAAUUCAAGAUAAUAACUGA